AUGGCACCAAUUAAAGGCGGCAUAUCCCACCAGGUACGGCGGGUACCAGCUCCAGUUGCCUUGGCCGUCGGCAUUCUCUUCGGUUUCCUCUUCGCUCGGCUUCUACCAUGGACAACGACAACAACACCGAUAUGGCGGAGUGGACAUAUCCCUUCAAAAGCGCGCCAACAGACUCGAAAUCCUAUUCAACUACCAACUCUAGACCAACGGGCCCGCAUAUUGGACCUACUUACAACCUUGUCACCCCAUUAUACCAAGGAAUGCACGCGUAAUUCACAACCGCUCUACGCCCAGCAAGCACUUGAGCGAUACCGACCUCUCAUCGGACACAACCCACCAACGAGCGGCUCGUGGCUUUCGGGUCUCCUUGGAGCAGAUGACGACCAUAUGGGCACUGUUCGGCGGGAUCUCUCAGGCAGCGAGCAUAAAUACUUCUUCGCAAUUAAUCUCUACAACUCUUUCGACGUCAUUCCCGACCUAUUCGCGACCCUCUUCCGCGUAGCCGCCGUGCUAGGAUACCACAACGUCUUCGUGUCCAUCUACGAGAACGGCUCGACCGACCAGACUAAAGCCUUGCUCCGGAUCUUCGAUGCACUCACCCGCAGUGUCGGCAUGCGCGUUAUGAUUCGAACAUCUAUGCGCACCCGCGGCGCCUUCAACCACCGCAUCGAGUACCUCGCCGAGGUCCGCAACUCCGCCUUCGUACCUCUGCACGAGCUGCGCGACUCGGAGGGAGAAUAUUUCGACACCAUCGUGUUCAUGAACGACAUCCUGCCAUGCGUCGACGACCUGCUCGAGCUGAUCUGGCAGAGUAGGCGGAACAACGCAGGCAUCACCUGCGCGGCGGACUACAUGUACCACGACGAGAUCGGCUCGCCUGUGUUCUACGACAACUGGGUCGCACGCGACAUCAACGGCACAGCGCUCGAGAACGCGCCCUUCGAGCGGAUUUUCCACCACCUCGAGUCGUCACAGCGUUGGCAGCGGCAUCUGCCCAUCCAAGUACAGUCAUGCUGGAAUGGUAUUGCCGUUCUCGACCCGGCACCCUUCUAUACGCCUCCACAUGUCCGUUUCAGGAUGGCGAGGAUCACAGAGGGAGAGUGCAGUGCCAGCGAAUGCAGUCUUAUCUGCAACGACUACUGGGAGUCGGGCUAUGGGCGGAUAAUGAUGGUACCGCGCGUCAAGUUGGCUUAUGACAGCAAGGUGUACGAUAUUGUACAUCCCACUCGACGGAACCUCACUGCCAUUCGAGGAUACGUCCGUCUAGGAGGGCUGCCCGACGACCCUCGCACAGAUCCUCAAGAUCGUACUUGGUUUGGCCCCCAUGACCGUCUAUUCACGGAAGAAGAAAGCGAAGAGAUUGGAUUCGUACCAGGACCGUCACAUGUUUGGUGCUGGGGUUGGGAUGGUGCUGGAGACCUAGAAGGACCAGAUGUGGACCCCAUCUGGGAGAAAAUGCCCAACAAGUCAACGAGGGCAGAUGCUGUUCUCGUCCGGCACGAUCGUAGUAUAACUUUGUAA